GGAGGAGUGGAUCCCCGAGGCAGAAUUUGAAGAGUCUCUUCGUUAUAUUCCCAAGGAAGUAAUUCCCUUUGAAGGAGAAGCACAAACAGCAACACUUAGUGUUGCAUUACCUGCAUCUAUUAUUGCUAAUGUUAAGACAGUUGAAUUGAAGGCUGCAUUAGUUGGUAAUAUUGCUCGUUGUUUAGUAGUCAUGGGUGUUGAUGAAGUUGUUGUAUAUGAAGAUAUGGCGGACGCCGUGGAUCCAAAGACAGGCCGUUCUCCUUCUUUAGAUUUUUUUAUUCGUAAUUUACAAUAUCUUGAGACCCCACAAUUCCUCAGAAAAAAACUCUUCAAAUUACAUCCAGGGUAA